CGCGGGACAAAUGCGUGCGCAACGAUGGAGUCUAUCUAGUUCCCGCCAAUUCUCGUGUCAGUCCUGUCCGAGUCUAGUUCCUUACUUCAUGGAGCCAUUUGAUCCUGCGGAGCUGCCGGAGCUACUCAAGCUUUAUUACCGAAGGCUUUUUCCCUACGCCCAGUACUAUCGCUGGCUCAACUAUGGCGGAGUGACAAAGAAUUACUUUCAACACCGUGAAUUUUCAUUCACACUGAAAGAUGAUAUUUACAUUCGCUACCAGUCCUUCAACAACCAGAGUGAACUGGAAAAGGAGAUGCAGAAAAUGAAUCCAUAUAAGAUUGAUAUAGGCGCCGUAUAUUCUCACAGACCUAGUCAACACAAUGCAGUGAAGCUAGGCGCUUUCCAGGCCCAGGAGAAAGAACUGGUCUUCGACAUCGACAUGACAGACUACGAUGACGUAAGGAGAUGCUGCAGUUCUGCAGACAUAUGUUCCAAGUGCUGGACUCUCAUGACGAUGGCCAUGCGCAUCAUAGACCGGGCGUUGAAAGAGGACUUUGGAUUUAAGCACCGCCUCUGGGUGUAUUCAGGAAGGAGAGGUGUACACUGUUGGGUCUGUGAUGAGUCUGCUCGGAAGCUGUCCUCGGCUGUACGCUCCGGGAUCGUGGAGUACUUGAGCCUUGUAAAGGGUGGUCAAGACGUUAAAAAGAAAGUUCACCUAAAUGAGAAAGUUCACCCCUUUGUCAGAAGAUCUAUAAACAUAAUUAAAAAGUACUUCGAAGAAUAUGCCUUAGUUGGCCAAGAUAUUCUUGAAAAUAAAGAAAACUGGGAUAAGAUUUUAGCCCUUGUUCCUGAGAAUAUCCUUUCCUGUAGUUACUAUGUAAGCCAUUUGUGUCAGUCUGUGACAUUACAGAUGUGUAAUAUCAAGAAUGAUAAGUGUGGCCCCUGGCUAGAAUGGGAAAUCAUGCUCCAGUACUGUUUCCCACGCCUGGAUAUCAACGUCAGCAAAGGAGUCAAUCAUUUACUGAAGAGCCCUUUUAGUGUUCAUCCUAAGACAGGUCGGAUUUCUGUGCCUAUCGAUUUUCAGAAAGUGGAUCAGUUUGACCCAUUUACUGUUCCAACUAUAAGUGCCAUCUUCCGGGAACUGGAUAUGGUUUCCACUCAUGAGAAAGAAAGGGAGGAGAAUGAAGUUGAAGCUGACAGCAGACACAGGGUCAGAGAUUAUAAGAAGACCAGUCUAGCACCAUAUGUGAAAGUAUUUGAACAGUUUCUUGAAAACCUGGAUAAAUCCCGGAAAGGGGAACUUCUCAAGAAGAGUGAUUUACAAAAAGAUUUCUGAAGAAACCAACGUGAAUGCCUUUUCAACCAUGGAGCAUUUGAUAAAUACAGUAGAAUCAUCGAUGUGCCUUAAUCCUUAAAGCAGAACUUUCUUUCAAGAAAUAAUUUAUAUCGAAGAGACCUGGUUUCUGAGACCAAAGAGGGCGUGAAGGUCCCUGAAAGAAACAAUAAAUCAAGGAAUAAGUGAACUGCA